UUUAAUUGAAUUCAUUAAAAAUGUCUAUUCAAGCCCUCUUCACUCCUACCAAGAUUGGUAACCAAGAACUUAAGCACCGUGUUGUUCUUGCUCCCUUGACUCGUUUCAGAGCCACUCCUGAAGCUGUUCCCACUGAUCUCCAAGUCGAACACUACAAGCAAAGAGCUUCUGAAGGCGGUCUUUUGAUUACUGAAGCUACCUUCAUCAGUCGUCUUGCCGGCAGCUACUACAGAGCUCCUGGUAUCUACACCAAGGAACAAAUUGAAGCAUGGAAGAAGGUCACCAGCGCUGUUCAUGAAAAGAAGGGUGUCAUUUACUUGCAACUCUGGCACAUUGGUCGUGCUGGUUCUUCUGAAUUUAACCCUAAUGGUGAACAAAUCGUUUCUGCUUCUGACAUCCCUAUCUCUGGCAAGAGCAUGUUAGGUAGAGACUAUGAAGCUCCUCGUCCUCUUACUGUUGAUGAAAUCAAGGCUAUUGUCCAAGACUACCGCCAAGCUGCUUUGAAUGCUAUUGAAGCUGGUUUUGAUGGUGUUGAAAUUCACAGUGCUAACGGUUAUCUCCUCGACCAAUUCAUCAACACAAGCUCCAACAAGCGUACUGAUGCCUAUGGUGGAUCCAUUGAAAACAGAGCUCGUUUCCCUCUUGAAGUUGUUGAUGCUGUUGUUGAUGCUGUUGGUGCUGAGCGUACUGCUAUUCGUUUCUCCCCUGGUGGUAAGUUCCAAGAUAUGGAAGAUGAAACUGUUGUUGAAACCUGGAGCUACUUGACCUCUCAACUUCAAAAGAGCCAUCCUGAUUUGGCUUAUCUUCACUUCAUUGAAGCCCGUGCCAACUUCUUUAACGAUGAAGCUAACAAUGUGGAUACUCUUGAACCUUACCGUCAAAUUUGGAAGGGUCCUUUCAUCACUGCCAGUGGUUUCUCUACCAACGUCCCUCAUGCUAUUGAUGUUGCUGAAAAGACUGGCAACUUGAUUGCUUUUGGCCGUGCUUUCAUUGCCAACCCUGAUCUCCCUGAACGUAUCCGCAAUGGCUGGGAACUCAACAAGUAUGAUCGUUCUACCUUCUACACUAAUGAUGCUGCCGGUUACACCGAUUAUCCUUUCUACGAUACCAAGAACUAAGUAUAGACUUUUUUUCUCUGUAAAUUACUAUAGACUACAUAAAUAAAAUACAUCAAUUGUAAAAAUUCA